UCGAAACCCAAAAACUCAUUUUCUUAGUCACUGGCUUGGCGUAAGAAGAGGGGGCGAAUUUUUCUUUCUCUCUUUUUGGUAUUUGCGACUGGGUACAAGUACCUUUUGCAUAUGCUACACACCAAAAAGGUACUUGUCUGACAUACCACCAAGUACUGUUUCUCUUCAGUUCCCAACCAACUCAUCUGAGAAAAAAACAAAAAGAACAAAGCUUCCUCUUUUUAAUUCGAUUCAACCUUCUGUCUUUCUUCUUCCUCUCACCACCAUCUUCACCACCAUCGAGGUACAUGCGACACGCUACACAGAAUAUCGCACGGCUGAGGAGUAUUACAGAGACCAUUCUGUAUACUCCUUGCGUCAGGUCUUUUUAGUUCCUUCAAAAGAACCAUCAUCACCACUGAAUUACUAUUUUUACCUAGAGGAUCACUCACCUAAGCAUCAGACUAACUUUGUUUACCAUCACCACUCAAACAAAACAACAAAGUCAUGCUUCCUCCCAUCCCCGUCUUGGCCGACUAUGGAAUCUCUCCAACCCAUGGCUUCCUCCCCGAUGUCCUGCCGUUGACGAGACUGCCGGAUCCCUACUAUAACAAGUGGGAGGCCAUUGCCGCCAACCUGCAGGCUCUCAUCCUCAGCAAGCGACUUCGCGGAGUCGUUGAUCGUCUCCCUGUGCUCGACACCAUCGGUCUGGAACACGACGCAGAAUGGCGCAGAGCCUACUCGCUGCUGUCCUUCAUGGCCCACGGCUACAUCUGGAGCGGUGAUAGCCCCAGUGACCGUCUGCCGCCUUCCAUCGCAGUCCCUCUGCUCAAGAUCUCGGAACAUCUUGAGGUGCCGCCCGUCGCUACCUAUGCAGCCGUCUGUCUUUGGAACUUCAAGCCUCUUUUCAUGGACGAGGACAUCGACAACCUCGAGAACCUCGCCACCCUCAGCACCUUUACCGGCGCCAUUGACGAGUCAUGGUUCUACCUGGUCUCGGUCGCCAUGGAGGCCCGUGGUGCACCCAUCAUCCCGCUCAUGCUGACUGCCAUUGCCGCAGCUCGCGUGGGUGAUGGCGCUACCGUCACUCGCUGUCUGCACACGUUUGCCGAACGUCUUGACGAUCUCACUACUCUGUUGCAGCGCAUGCACGAGAGUUGCGAUCCCAAGAUUUUCUAUGACCGCAUUCGCCCUUUUCUUGCCGGUUCCAAGAACAUGGCCGAUGCUGGAUUACCCCAUGGCGUCAUUUAUGAGGACGGGUCCGGAAAGGAGGAGUACCGUCAGUACUCUGGAGGCAGCAAUGCCCAGAGUAGUUUGAUCCAAUUCUUCGAUAUCGUCUUGGGUAUCGAACACCGCCCCACGGGCGAAAAGCGUGGCCGGCCCCAGGAGCAAGGCGAGGUUCAUGCCCCGGCACCCAAGCACAACUUUUUGUUGGAGAUGCGCAAGUACAUGCCCGGUCCCCAUGCCCGCUUCCUCGACCAUGUGCAGUCCGUGGCCAACAUCCGGGAGUUUGUCGAGAAGCAUCGCGGCUACCGCUCGCUGGGUAUCGCCUACGACGCCUGCUUGGCCAUGCUGCGUGCUCUUCGCGACAAGCACAUUGCCAUUGUGACUCGCUACAUUGUCCUACCCAGCAAGGAAGUGCGCACUCGCAGCCGCAGCCGCAGUCCCGAGGCUGUCCGCCGCAAGAUCAACCUGGCGACCGCGUCGCGCCAGCAACCUCCUGGAAUUGCCUUGGACACCAGGGGUGAUGGAAAGAAGGACAACCUCAAGGGCACCGGUGGAACGGCGCUCAUUUCGUUCCUGAAGCAGGCCCGCGACGAGACGGGAGAGCCGGCUGUGGAGGCGUGGGCUCACCGGUUUAUGAGUCGCGUGAUCCGCACCGAGGGCCAGGGCGACUUCUUUGCUGGAAAGCCCGAAGAGGGCGCUGGCUUGCAGGUCGCGUCCCAGACUGAGGAGGCUGUGAUUCCCGGUUUGGCCGCUUCGUGGACCGUGGAUGACGACGUUGGUGGCAUUUGCUACUACUAAACAUUGAUCGUUUGGAUAAACGAAUUCCGGGUUACCCGGGUUAUCCGGAGGAGGGAUUGUUGAUGGGAUUCGAAAGUUACCUGCCUACCUCCCUUUAGCGCAUCCAGUUUAUUAUACCCCCAAUGAACUCGCAACUCAACAGCCCCCUCUAUCUGCUUGUGUCACUUGAAGUUGCAUUGAAGUUCUGUGUAACAGCGUCACAUGGCCUUGAUCACAUAUGAUCGCCAAGGCGCAUUUCAGUACAACAAUUCCAUUUUUGCUCCAGUAAAUUCCCUUGGUUCAAUUGGGUCAGUAACACCCGUCCACCAAUAUCAUUCGCGACAUCGGGGCCGGUUCCCGAACGGAUGCAUCUCGCACCGACAUCCUGCCUUUUUCCCCCGAGAUGUACCAAACAGAUGCGCAUUGAGCCGCUUGGCCCGCUUUCCACAUCCCGCUUGGCAUCCUACCUGUCUCGUACAAGUAUAAGACCGUCGAAGCGUUCCAAUCGGAAGAAACCCUACCGAUCCCAACUAGUAUAGACUAAUAUGCUAUGCAAGAAGUGCCGGAUUUAUCUUCCACCGUUAGACGUCUCUUUUCUUUUUGACGUUUCCCGAUCCGGUGCAGCCAGAUUUAUCUACCGCCCCGGAUGAAGUCAAAAUUACGUGGCUAAUGGUCAGGAGUCAGACACUCAGUGCCUUGCAUUGUAUGUGUUUGAACUUGGUCUAGUACAGAUGGAGAUGGGAUUCCGGGUGCAUAAAUGCCAGGACGGUCAUGGGUACACAUAAGGAAAUGCUUGGCUUGGGAUGUUUGGGGUUGAUCGGUUGGAUAAAUAUCCAGAGUUUUACGGACUGAUAUCAGGUUUGAUACCUGAUUACCCUGAUUAGGUACCGUGGGAUGAAUGGAAAAGGAUACAUAUAGUAGGUGAAAGAGACCAGAUCGAUUGAGUGCA